AAGGGCCUGUCGGCUGAAAAAACAAUCGCGACGCGAACAACACAUGUAAUACCACAUUGAGGCUCAACGUGCUCUAAUAUUGAAGGAGAUUUAGGGUUUCAGAGGUUCUAGGGUUUCAAGAGUGGGAUUUGGGGCUACACAUUUGGGAUCUAGGGCUUACGGCACAUGGAACUCCCUAGUUGAUAUCCGGAAGACACUUGUUACAUCAGCAACACGAUCUUUUACGUGACUAAUUGGAGCUUAUUUUCAACGACUGAAGGUUCUCAUGAAAAGUAUUACUUUUAAUCGCCACAGUUGUCAGUAGAAGCUGAAAGCCCAAUCGGGUCAACUCUCUUGUGACCACAGGAAGUCAGUCCCACAUUGCGUGGCGCUCCGCAACGGCAGCAUAGACUUCUGGGCCUUCAGGAGAAUAGGGACCCACUGCUCGUGGGGUGCUUACAAUAUCCCAAUGAUAUUGACAAGAUCGGUGAUGUUUUCUGCCAUUGGCCCCCUCCUACGCCAUGUCUCUGUCUUCAAAAGAUUACACGACCUUUUUGCCGUUCAACAUGAUCUUACAUUGCUGGCAGGCAGCUAUGGGUUGGAAAAUAAGAGUGGCCCCACCGAUCCACCGCAGUCGCCUACAGCUGAGUCAACGAUAAGACAAGGGGAAUAGCUUUGAUGCAUUGAAACUGCAAAAUCUAUAAUAUGUCAGAGCAAUUGUUUAUCUCAUUGACCAGUUUCACUGCGUUGUGUCCCUACAAGCCUCGGUGACAUAGUACAUCUCAUCAGCAGCUCCCUACUUUGUACUUAGUUCGUGAACUGCGUGUGAUUUUUGGGCAAACACAAUUGUUUUCGGAUUAGCAAGGCAUGGCGAUGGCCGUUGCGAGAGUCCAGAGCCUCUUCGUGACGACGAUAUUAUUCCUAGGUCAUUGCAUUGCAGCGGCUCCAAUCUGCGACGCAAGAGAUCGAAAUGCUCUCCUGACGUGGAAACAAGAAUUAGCUGACCCGUAUGGAACACUUUCGGACUGGGACACAAACCCGGAUUGCUGCACAUGGCUGCAAACCAGACAGUACAGGAUGACGACGUGCGACAGCGCGGGCCGCAUCACGUCGCUGAUCAUGGGGAAGGGCCUGGAAUACAAACCGGGGCCGGUGUACCAGAAAGCAAACGGCGGGGUCUAUGGUGCACCCAUCGGCAAUCUUACACAGCUGAAGAAGCUUGACCUGCGAACAAUCUAUUCCGGAGGCGCCACUCUCUCAUCGACCUGGGUCAAGUUGACAAAACUGAGCAACCUGACACUAGAUGUGCUGGUGGCGGGGCCAUUGCCAGUCGCCCUAUUGAAGGCUUGGCCAUUGCAGUAUCUAGAUCUCACCAACAACGAUCUGAACGGCACUUUGCCGGUUGAGCUGUGCAAAUCGACUCUGACGAUUUUGAAGCUGAGCGGCAACGUCUUCACGGGGCCAAUUCCCAGAUGCUUGAGCCGAUUUCCAGCGUCGUCCUUCAACGACUCGUCCACGGGUCCAUCUGGAAAUGAGGGGCUGUGCAACCCGCCGCUUCCUCCUUGCAGCUAGCAAUGCGUCUAACAUCGUGGCAACAUCGCUCGCUGCAUGUGAUCUAGUAAUGAGUCGCACGUCUGAGAGUAUGCAUGCAGAAACCCUUACCCGGAGAUAACAAGGCGGCUUGCGGUCGAUGGCUCAAUAGCCGAUCUAGUCUACCUAGAAGAUUUAGUCUUGUCAUUUGCUCUUUCCUUCGGUUCUUUUUCAUUGAGUGUUUUAUCUUAACUUGUGUAAGUCAAUAUAUAUAUAUAUAUAUAUAUAUACAUAAAAGUGCAUUUGAAAAAUUAGUGAGAUCUUAUGUAGUUGAGAAUAUAAAUAAUACAUAUGAAUAGAAUGUAUAGGUAGUAUAUGAAAAUGUCUUCCAACUUCUUGAUCUUUAAAAUUUGGGUUUAUAUUCAAUUCUCAAGAUUCAAAAAUUUUUCAAUG